UCAUCCCUCCACCGGUUUAAAUUAUGAUUCAUCAAUCGGGGUUUUGCUCCCUGCUGCUUCCACAGCUUCUCACUGCAGAGCAGAAGAUUUAGCCUCCAUCAUCGCAUGGUCUUUGGACACGCUACUCAACGGUACACAAACGUUCCGCCCGGUGCCGGUUAGGCCAUAAAGUUAGCGGUUCAAUUAUGGGGCUUACUGUGAUCGCUCUUUUAUUCGUCAGAGAUUCAUUUAGAAUUCAGCUCAUUCGCCAAAUAAUUUAGCUGCUCCAGUUAGCGGUUGUUAGUCGAGUCGAUUAGCGGUACGCACAUGCACGUACGAGUUAAAGCUGUUAAUUGCUCAACCGAUGGCGGGUGCCGGGCCCCGUUUUACUUUGCAGCUAAUUGUCGAAUUUUAUUACAUUACACGGUUACCCGGUGCUAUGCUGUUCCUAUGCUCCGCCGGUUACCGUAAACAGCUGACGGCUUACCAAGAACGAGAAAGCUUUCGAAAUCCGGACUAUCGGUUCGUUGGUGUACACCGGAUUUCGUUCACUGACAACACACCGAACCGAUCCUGAGGGCGGACGAGGGUGUGAUCGAAAUUUUCGUGAAAGUUGGGUUCGGUCAGCUCUAAACAUUAUGCGUAUGUGUGACCUCGUUUUGUGGCGGGGAGUAGAGUGUGCCACAGGGCCAACACAAGCUUUUGAACGACAGUUAAAAGAUGAGGAUUUUCUACACCUUAUGGACGGUGGGUGUGCUGUGCACAGUUCUAAGCUGUUCCUCUGCACGAAAGCUUGAAAACAUAGCUUCCAACGUUAUACCCGGCAGUAAUGCGUUGGGUCAGCAGAAACAGAACGCCGUCGACACGUACGAGGAUGUGUCGGGCUCGGAAAAUCAACCGGAUGUCGGAAGCGAAGCCCUGCCGGAGAGUACCGAAACGAACGAAAUCGAGGAUGAGGUGGCGAGCCCGGAAGUGGUGAACGAGGUGCUGGAAGAGUCGAACGUCGUGCCACAGGAAACGGUUAGCGAAGCGACCGUGGUCAACAUGGACGAUUCGAGCUUAAUAAAUCGCUACUGCCGGUGCACGGCGUACGAGUGUAACUGCUGCCGGGACAUUGACGUGCCACUGUUCCCGGUCAAAGGGCCGGGAUGUGCCGUGAUACAGUACUUGGAUGGCGAUCGAAUGUCGGUUGGCGUGAAGUUUGCCGAUCGUAUGAUCGUGAAUCGAGUUAUUUCGGCGCGAAGAGCGACACCGGUCUGUUUGCCACUGCCCGGCGGCUACAACCGAUUCUGCGGACGCGUCUACGGUAUCUCGCGGAAGGCUAACGAAGGCUUCAAAGCUUGUCUGGGACUGGAGCUACGGGCGGAUGAUGAGGUAGAGGCGGUGCUGCGAGUGUCCUGCUUCAAGUUUGGACCGCGCGGAUUGUCCGUGAUGGAUCCGGAACCGCUGCCACCGGUCGAUGACAUUGACGUGGGCGAUGAGGAUGAUGAGGACGAGGAAGAUGAGGCGGAGGAACUGUUUGGAUUUUCGCUCGACGAUGACGAAGAUGACGAUGAUGACGAGGAAGACGAUGAUGAUGAUGACGGUGGUGCCGAUAGCAGUAGCGUGCAGGACAACGAAACCGAUCAGGGUGACUCGCCGGACUACACCGGCUUUAGCUUUCUCGAUCGUGACCUAAUGGGAAGCAUAUUCGGGGUGAAAAAGUUUUGGUAAUCGAGCAUGGAGCAGUUAAGUUAAGGUUAAUUUAAAAUACCGUCGGAGAUACAAGCAUCAAACUACAAAACAGGAAGUAGGAAGUAGAUUGCAGCUUAAAGGCAUAAAAACUGGUAAAACAAUUUAACGAUCGAAUGCUAAAAAAUGUAUGCGAUGUUUGUAGGUAAGCAAGCACAAGGGAACCAGUUGCGAUGCAUUCCAUCCGAAUGUAAAUAGUCAUAGCCGGCCGGAAGAGGGUCAGUGUAGCAGGUUUUUAUAAGUAUUUAUGAAGCAAUGCAUGUGAAUUAUUUAUUGCCUACGGCACCGGGUCGUCGAUCCGCGUUUUAAAACAAUUUAGGUUGGAAAAAUAAAACAAACAUCAUGAGAAACAACAUCGGGGACACAGUACUCUAGCGCUUGUAACGCAUCACCAUUGCAUUGCGCAGUCUUUUGUUUCGGAAUACAUCGUCAUACCGUGGUCAGGGUUCUAGCUGCCAGAGGGAAAGAACCCCCUUCCUGGUGCGACGAAUAAUUACC